CUCCUCAAGUCAACAAGAAACAGAAUAAUUUGUUUUGGCUCGAUCAACUAAACAUCUACAAAGAAUCGAGAGUGUGUUCUACAAAUAGCAAAUAUUUACCCCAUUCCUAAAGGUCCAGAGUAGAGAACUGUUCCAAAGAAUAUAGCAUUGUAACAUUGUACGGGAACGAAGCAAGGUGUUUUACAAGGAGUCUCUCUUACACCAUGUUUCUUUUAUCAUUUAUCAUCGUGUUAUGUUCUUUUCAAGUUUCGAGUGGAGUUAUGUGUUAUUGGUGUAGUGGGGUUGGUGAUGACCGAGAUUGUGAACAACAUCCAUACGCUGUACAAACCGGGCCUGUAUUCCUCAACUGUCGAGCCCAUUUUUGCUUAUCAGUUAAAGUUAUCGAUGCUGAUUCAGGUAGAGUCAAAUCGUUUGCUAGAUUAUGUGAUAACGUCCCUAGAGAUAAUGUCUGUAUCCAGGAUUCCAAGCUAUUGACCUGUUACGAAUCAUGUACGGAUGAUCUUUGCAACAGUGGAAACCCCGACCCCGAGUUCCUGCCAAUUACAAACUAUGCAUCAGCAGCAACCAAACGACCAGAGAGUAAAGGUCUCAAAGGGAACAUCUUCGGUCAGUACAGCGAUAAUAAAGGUGUGGGGAUGUUCAAAUCUGGUAGACGAGGCAAUCAACAAAAUAGAAUGAAUAACGCCAGAGAUCGACUAUUGUCCAACGCUUUUCGGGGGUCUAAUGCAGGAAGAGAAAAUUUCAAAUCAACUCGCCGUGACGACCAAGUUCCUAGACCAAGAUCGAAUAAAAAUGUUGAGGUGGUGACACAAGCUAACCUAAAGCUCACAAAGAAAAGCGUGAAAUAUGUGACGGAUUCUAAGAAUAAGGCAACGAUUAAAACAUCUCCACUCAAUUUACGAACCUCCACCUCAGUUUCGACCUCGGUGACAACCGUGUCUCAUGGGUCACAGCUCAUCAACGCUUCGGCUUCCACUCCAAUUACCACCCUAUCCAUGUCGGAAUCGACACAAAAACUCCCUUUUGACCAUUACGAUAUGAAAACAGCUGAGAUAACUACCAUGUCUGAGAAAAGUCAAAUGAUGGGCUCUAAUUACAAACUUGCCAAGGUCAAUGACGUCGGCGAAAAAUCAGAUUUAAAACAAGAAUACAAAUCCACGGCAAAGGUUCGUAAUCCUAAACCUCCCAAGACUAUAGAGUAUACUUUCGGGGCUUCUUCUGAUACAGGACACAAUGAAACAACUUUCGAGACGGGUAUCACUAAUAUGAUCACUCCAAGUGCGAAUAAAGUUAUGAAGUCUUCAUCCGUAACCAAACCCCAGAAAGACAAAGCGCACAUAACAACUGUUAGAGUCGAUAUGACAGGUGAACGGGUGACUAACAGCGACAACAAGGCACGUGUCACUAAAUCAGCAACAGAAUUAAGAACAGAGCCUCCAUCUACUAAAAUUCCCUCCAUUCCGCUUAUUGCUCCAAAUAACGUAGCAAACAUGGAAAAGCCCGUUACAGCAAUCGGACCCGAAAAGUGGGAUGAUUUGCAGGGACUUGAAGUUCUCGAUGACGACGAAAAUACUUUUGCAUUUAACAGUCACCCUCGUAACCCUGACUUUCCAAAGCACAAGCAUAAGAAACGAACCCAUAUCCCCUCCAGAAAAAUCGAAAGCGUCAAUGGUAUAGUCAUCUGGCCCAUGAAAGAAGAUAGUCAUGAAGAUCAUAGCUCUAGCAACAUCUUCAACGAAGAUAAAGAAGAAGCUUUCAUUGAGCCCUACCGAGGAAACACUACCGCUGUUCAUCUAAAUGACAAUCUUAAAGCCACAACCAAGAGAAUUAAUUCAAGCCGAACAACAGAUAAUGCAACUGAAUCAUCGGUUGGCAACUCGCUAACGCCAUCAAAAAAUAUCGGUUCUUCCGUAACGAAAUCAUCUACACAGACCAGCCCUAAUACCCCUAUCACUACCAUGGGUUCGUUACUAAGAAAAUCCACAGUAAGUCUUACUUCUGGAAAACCUGUUCUUAGUAAGACGAAUUUAGUUUUAGCUAAGAAAGGAAACGCUUCACAGAAUUAUAGAGAACAGGAUAAAGAAUCCACCACGAAAUCAAACGAUAACACUAAGAUUAAUCCCGAGAUGUCUACCAAAUCUUUUGAGUGGAACAGAUCAACUCGUCAGUACGCGGCCAAGUUAUCGGACGUCUGGAAUGAAGUAGGAACCACCAUCAUUGUUAGUAAACAGAACGACUUACCGAUUCCCGCAGAAUAUCCGUCUUUUAUUGAGGAAGAACUGAUCGAAUACCCGGUAUUUGAAAACGAAGUAAGCGGCUGGAAAGACACAACAGAAGACUUAAUGCAAGUUGCUGGUUACCAGGAUGAAAACCUGGAUUCUUCAAGUCAUUCGUAUGUUAUUCGGUCAUAUGUGCUCUGCGUUUGUUUGAUGUGCGCGUUUAUUGUGUUGUGACAGUAACCUGUGUUAGUCUUAAAUGACUUACGCGAACUAAACGAAUAUAUUUAAUAAUAAAACCAAUGGGAAGAGACGUUGGUCAGGUAUCACAUCAUCGUGUAUUUUACAUAAAUGUAUAUAAACAUGAAUUAAUAAUACUUAAAAUCACGUGGAUGAUACCUAUAAACAUGUAUAAUAUUCCAUAAAGAUACCAAUCCCGUCGUGCGAAAAGGAAGAUUGUGUGGUGGAGUUGAACAAGUACACCUGCUACAAAUGUCUAGUCUCAAGCUUGAGUGAGAACCGUAGGCAAAUAAAUUAGAACGUUUUCUUUCUUUUCAGGCAAACUGUUGGUCUCUUUAAGUAUGAGAUCCCCCACUGUAUAUAGUGUAAAAUGGAAUCAGGUUUGUUUGUAUAUAAGUAGUAAGCUUUAUAAGUAGCUUUAGGUUGAGUAGAUAUGUUAGGACAAUUACGUGGCUUGUUAUGCUAUCGAGUGUAACCCCAUAUAACAUGUGUUUAAUUCCCCAACUAAUGUUUUAAUGGUGUUAUAAGUAAGUACCUUUAAAUUACUUUGUAUUGAGACGGAUGGGGUAUACCAUAUUGGGUUUGAGUCCGCUGGAUAAUUGAACACUGUUAGUCCAGGCGAUAAACUCUUGAUUAACAAGAAUAAAAUCGAUCCUGGCGGGUUAUCGGAAAAAACAAAAUUCAAAUGAACGAAAUGAAACAUCAGUAUGGCGAUAUGGUCUAGGAACGUGUCAUUGUGACAGAAGGACUAUAUAACUAGAAAUCUUUUAAACUCGAGCCCAGUGUAGAUCUAAUCCGUCUCUGUUUGUUGAGUAUGUUCACAUCACCUGUUUUAUAUAAGCAUGAUAUUAUUAAAUUUGAAGAGAACCUUUCACAAUCCGCUUUUAUUUUGUUCAACAGGAAAGGUAAAUAUUGACGUAUACGAUAUAGUAUACUGCUUUUAAUAUUGUUGCACCGCAGUUCAAAAUCAUAUAUGUAUUCCCAUACAAAAUCGCGAAUUAAUAUCUAAUUUCAAUAACUUAGAUAUUCCAAGUCUAAUGAGAAUUUAUUCCGAUGGGAAUCUUGUAUGUUUAAGGGGUACGUGAUGGGUGGUAAAUGUAUUUCUGUAGCUGACUUAAAUAUCUAUAUUUUACACAUGGAAGGGAUAGGUUUCACACCCAUUAAGAAGAAAUUGCUAAUGACAAACCUUGAUUUGUUUGGGGUGUUCAACCUAGUUUACUACGUUAUUUUGACUUACAUUAAAGAGGUGUACCCCAUUUAAAACAUUAUUCGCCAGAAGGGGUUUUAACAUUUCUUAAUUAUUUGCACAGUAUAACCAUACCAAAAAUCGAUAGAACAGCAAUUUGAUAUUCUUAGUGGGUUUUAUUUCGAUCGUUUUCGAUUUAAAUAUCAAGCAUCAAGUAAAGUAUGAAAAUGUUUACACUAUUUUGUACUGAUUUUGUUGCACCGCUAGUUUAGAUGUAUAUGUAUAUAUUAUUGUGGCUGCAUGUUAAUUCGAAUCAAUGUUCAAAGGGUAUGUAUUUGAUUUAAGUCAGCUUUUGAAUACAAAAUCAGUUACAUAUUAACUAGUUUAUCUGUGGAUGUUAACUGUUAAUGGAGUCAGAUUUACGUUUAAAAAAUCAAAACAAAUAUUUUGUAAUCAACUAGGUCUUGGCCUCUGUAAUAUUAAUUCGAAUUAACUAAUGUACGUGUAAAUACAAUAUAAAACGUGGGCUUAACUGUACACGUAUUUGGUAAGUUAGGUGACAUAUCACCGCACUGUGUUGCCGUGUUCAAUCUGUUGUUUUCAUGUCGUGUGUAAUUCACGGUAAAAGUUUUGAGUUCUAAUGAAUCAUGUUUCGGCUGUGGUAUCCCAUGGUUUUUAGUUCCUGUGUUCUACGCAUGUGCCAAACAAUGUGUUAUAAAAUAAAACACCCAAAUGUGCUGCGGGGGUUGUUUUUACUACUUGAUGUGAGUUUUGUGUAUUUUGGUGCUGGUAUUUAAGACAAUUGUUUUCUUUCUUUGUUUAUUCAAGGUAAGUCUCGUGUAAACGAGAACCAGAACAAAAAGAACUUGGAGAAAACAAAUAUGGCGGUUACAUUACUUGUUUUUAUAUCGUAGUUCGCUUCCUUUUCCAUUUAGGUGAUUUUCAAAGAAACCGAUAGGAAAUUUGGCCUUUUUACUGAGAGGUAAGAUACGGUAGACAUUAUUCCAAAAAGAUGUUUUUUUUGUAAUCCGGUUUUAUAAGCUAUAUCGUGUUUUUCACCGAACGGUAAGAUUGGGUGGGGUGUAUUUAAAAGGUAUUCUUUAACCCAUUUUUCGGUCAUCUGGAUAUAUAUAUAUAUAUAGAGAGAGAGAAAGAUAUCUAGAUGGAUACCAAUUACGAAAAUGAUAAUACCCGUCGGUGCUAUAAAUGCAAAAGUACAACAGUCAUUUGAACUCCUCAACUGAGAAAUAGUACAAGAUAUGCUAUUCUUCGCCAAAGAGUCAUCUGUUAGCUUGGUGACCCCUCAAUUAAAAAGUAGCACUGUAUGCUCUAGAACGAGUAGGACUACCCAGCCUAGUGAUAGACAUAAUGCCACUACUUGUAGCUAAAUAUAUCAAUGGGUUGGACCGUAAUUUAAUGCCAUGUCGAAAUAGAAAAUAUGAAAAAUUAGGAUUCCUUUUUCUACGCAAAUUUUGGAUGAUUGAAAUUCCCUAUGCUUGUAAAAUUACGCCUGGUUAACAGACGUUUCGGUGAUAAAAUAAUGUUAAUAAAUUAAACCACUUCAUUAAAGAAAAGGGAACGUAAAAAAACAUACGCGAGAAGACAUCGAGACACUGAAGUUGCUAUAAUGAUUCAUUAGUAUGUAAAUUUUCACCCUUUUAUUCAUAGUUAAUAAUAUACAUCUUAACGGAAUAUUAGUAUUAAUAAGUUAGGUUCAUACAGUGAAGAAUCGGAAACUUGAUUUUCAAUUUGAUCGGAAAUAAAAAGAAUUAAAAAGAAUCCGGAUUCAGAAUCGAUCGGCUUUGUUUCAUUCAACGCGCCCUUAGGUAACUUUCGACAAUGGAGAUUUAACAAACGAAACCGUAUGAAGGGGCGUGGCUGUUGAAAUAGGGAUUAAAUUGUCCAGUAGUGAAAUAUUUCAAAUUGUAACUGAAAAUCUAUGUACAAAAUUGUUACUGUUUGCUACGUUGUCAGGCGACUGGGGGUGUGUAACAAUGUAACAAAUUAUUGGAUGACGUCGAAUGAAAAUUUUACAGUACCACUGAUCAUAAAAUUUAAUCAAAAUACAAAUCCGAAAUACAAAAAGGUGAAACAGCGAAUUAAUGAAUUAAAUGGCCUUUCUCCUAAUAAGGAAUGGUUGUCAGCUGGCGAUUCCCUGGUGUUUCUGUAUCUAUAUAUAUAUAUAUAUAUAUAUAUAUAUAUAUAUUCGCAUGAUCAACAUAAUGUGGCUAAAUAAUACCUUUUAAGUUCAUAUUUGAAAUGGUUAUACAUCAGCCAAAGAAGUUUAGAAAUGAGAAAACCGUGAGUCGUCUUCAUCUUUUGGUCGCGUUUUGUAUUGUUAAUAUACGGGUAUUUUACUGUAAAUGUAGUUUUGUUUCUUGUAUGUGUUAUUAUUAUUUUAUUUCUUUGUAAUUUAUUUGUUUUUUCUGUAAACAUCUGUUUCAUUUUGAUACACAUAUUGCGAUAGACCAUAAAAGAUUUAAUCCGAUAAAUAUAUUUGUUGCUCGCUGUUUUUUCUGUUGAUUCCACAAUGAAAAUGUUACUAAAUUCGAAAAGAAAACAUAAAAAAAUUGUUAGGGAUAAUUGUUUGAUUAUUCGCUGAUUUGGCUGUUGAUCCCACAUUGAAAGUCUACGUAUAAAAAAUUUGGGAUUGUUCGUUUUUGUUGUUUUUGGGGGUUUUUUUUGUCUGUUGAUCAAACAAUGAAAGUAUUUCGUAAUUCGAAAAAAAAACACCAAAGAGUUUUACAGUUGCUAGGUUUAAUAAAUGUGUGAUUGACGUACACUAUUACGGGGCCUCCUGUUUGCGUUAACAUAGUAGUUUAUUCGUGUCGGUUCAAAUUGUCUUAAGGUCGACUAGUUAUCUGAAUUAAUGAGCUUACCUAGACCAGAUCAAUAGUAUGUGACUGCUGCGUUUAUGUUGGUUUUGCAAUUUAAAAUGAGAAAACAAUUCAUGUAAAUAGCUGUAGAUAUAGCCUUUCAUAUUGUGCCGAAAUAUGAGAUAUAAAGAAAUGAACUUCUGAUUAAUAUUUUUGUGUUUGGUGGUUGAAGUUUAGGGAAGCUUCACUUUACCUUCGGAGAUCUGGGCUAAACAUAAGAUCUAAAAGUAAAAUGACAUGGGGUUUAACGCCCUACUGUUCUGUUCCGACUGGCAUAAAGAAGACGGGCCUACGCAACACAGUGUUCUGUGAGAGAAAUUUUGCCCGUAGAGUGGCACUACGGCGCACUCUUAUAUCGAAUUCCAACCACCAAGAGAUCUUUUACAUGCACACCAGUGUGUUCACAGGACCUCUUGUUUUCGCACCAUCCGAUCGACUGUAUGGUGUCCCUUGCCAGGCCCCUGUCCUACACCACUGACAAGGGAGAACAAUGCCGGACAAUUCCGAAGCAAAUUUCGAACCGGUAUCGGACACGAUACCUCCAGGUUAGCAAGCCAACGUCUUACUCACUGAGCCACCACAGCAUUAGAACUAAAAGAUAACUAGGUCGUGGUCGGGUUUAAUUACAAAUUGAAAAUGCGUUAGCACCGUACACAAGAGACCCUUCUACAGUCGGAAUUUAUCUAUAGAGUAGCGGCGGAAAGAAAGGCCCACGUUCUGCAAAUUCUCAUCCGAAUUGCGUAUGAAGCCUCAAUAAAUAAAAAUAAAAUACUUCUAAGAUAUGACUUAACGACGUAAUUAUUUGGAUCAAGUUGUCAACGUUUUGCGUAUUUAAUAAUGUAGGGAGAAUAGGCUAUGUGAGGAAUACGAUUAGCUUGGUUCAGUUUCGAAUGCUAAAGGAUUAGAACAUAGAAUGCUUGGUAAUACAAUAAGGACUUGAUUUGAAUGUACAGUUACAUGGUGCAUGUUCAAAUUAGAUUGUGUGUAAAAUUUGUGACAAUUUUGAAAUGCCAACGCUAAAAUAUAUACCUAUUAACUUUCAAUCUACGGGCCGGGCCGGGCAAGUGUAUUUUCCAAUAGUUAGCGUGCUGGCCUACAUUGGUAUAAUCCUGUGGCGAGGCAUUAUGCCGUAAAACUUUUAUAGGCUUCUCAAUGAAAAAACCUAAAAUGAUAUUAACGCAAAUUCACCGCUGAUAAAUAUUAACCAACAACACACGAGUCGUACACGUUUUCUACGAAGAAAAGUCGCGGUCUAAAUAGGUCUGGAACUGGAUUAAGUGUAAGUACAUAUUAUUCAAAAUAAAUUGCAUUUAAUUUGGUAUUGAUGGUAAUACUGCCUAUUUAAAAUAAUCACGAAUAUGGCGUUAUAAAAAAGAUUACCAGAAUAAUCACGGUCAAUGGCCAUAUAAGAAAGGUUACCAAAAUACAAUACAAUAUUGAACAGGGCAGCAUGCGACUUUUGAUUACUUUCAUUAUAGGUUUAGGGUUGUUUGUUGAAAAGAAUUUCAAAUAAUUUAACACAAUUAGGGAUUAUGUAUUUUUCUUAUAUAUUUGACUGUUGAUCGAUAAAUAGUGAAAUGUAUUUAACCACCAUAUUUGUAAUUCGUGUUUUCCGUUUCAAAUAUAUUAUAAUUUGUUAUAUGAUUAUGGUGUUGGUCUUCCACUUAACGUAGUCAAUAUAGUUUCUAAGAUAAUUAUUCGAGCCGGGUAUAGUUACUGAGUUGUUUUGAGGGCAGUUACGAACCGAGAGCUGUUUAACCUGUUUUGAAGUCCGUUACUAAAUGAGUUUGCUUUAAGCUAUAUCUUUGUUGCGUUUUCUUUUUGUAUUAUUGAACGCCAGAUACAAAAUACGAGGAUCGAGUCAAUUUUGGUUAAUUUUGGUCUUUUCUAACAAUGGUUUAUGAGUAUUACAAACAGUGUUGGUCUGUUGAUGUCUUUAUAAGAAAGAUAAAAGACAAGAUCUUUAUUAAUUGUGAAUCAAAUUAAAUCUGAAAACACUCGAUUAAAUCGACUUACAAAGAUUAUGUUGUUGUUUAUUAUAUAAUGAUUUUGAUUGUAAAUAUUAUUUUUAUUUAUUGUACAUACCUUAACCAGAAUAAAGUAUAUAAAAAUA